GUGACGCCAGACGAGGAAGUGAAGCGAAUCUGGUCCAUAGCAGUGAUUAGCAAUGGAGAUGAACAACUCCAGCUGCAACUCAUGAUAGCUGGCAUCUGCCGUUAAAAAAACACCACCUUUGUCUGUUGAUGGAGUCGGGCCAUGUCGGACUGAAAUGUCGGCUUAAGUGAUUUCCGGAUGACUUUCCAGUGGCUUGGACAUCUCCGCUUUGAUAUGGCUCAUUCAUUUUAUUAUAUUCAUUACUGGCAGACAACAUUAACAUGAACAACAGAUCAUUGUUAAUUAUGUUUUUUGACAUGACAUACCCAUUUCUGUAACACUGUAAGAAUUCCCAUUGAUAACCCCCCACCCCCAACCCCCUCCCCUGCUGACAAUGUCCCUGGGUGAACAAUCUCAGAAGUGGUUUCCAACUCACGUCCAAGCCACUGUUCUUCAAGCUGCUGGUUUACAGCCCAAGGGCAAAAAUGGCACCAAUGAUGCUUACACGAUCAUCCAGCUCGGAAAGGAAAAGUACUCAACAUCCGUGGCGGAGAAGACACUCAACCCUGUCUGGAGAGAAGAAGCUUCCUUUGAAUUGCCCGGGUUACUUUUGGAGGGCAACCCGGAAGUGUAUGAACUGUGCUUCAUUGUUAUGCAUCGGUCAUUGGUUGGGCUGGACAAGUUCCUCGGUCAGAAGACCAUCAACCUCAAUGAAGCAUGUAACAAUAAGCAGAAACAGAAAACUGACUGGUAUACCUUGGACUCCAAGCCAUCAAAGAAAAAGAAAGAGCGAGGACGCAUCCAAGUCAGCAUUCAGUUUAUGAGGAACAACAUGACAGCCAGCAUGUUUGACCUAUCCAUGAAGGAAAAGCCCCGUUCACCUUUCUCCAAACUGAAGGUGAAAAUGAAGAGUCGCAAGCAUGACAGUGCUUUAAGUGACACAUCUUCAGCCAUCCUGCCUCACUCUGCAGUUUACAACUCAGAGCACAAUCAUCAGCCCACUUCCCCAGGACCGCAACACCGACCUGAAACCAAGCCCAAGAAAUCGCUACUCUCUGGGGCCCAGAAACUCUCUGCUGCCCAUUCCAUGUCAGAUCUCAUCGGUACCCACUUCCGCCCCAAGCUGGACUCCAUGAACUCCAUAGAAGAAAGUGCUGUCCCUCACAGGCGUUCCCAGAGUGUGGUACCAGGCCUCCAAGACAACGAAGCACACGGUGACCCUUUCACUGAUAUCAGUGACACCCUGCCACAGAAGUAUGCCACGCUCCCACGCAACCGCAACCCUUUUGAGGGGGAGCAAGGGCAGCUGUGGGACCGGGCUGAGCGGAAGGAGAAAAAGGAGAAGGUCAGCCUACUGGAACGCAUGACUGGCAAGAAGGAUGGCCGCAAGAACGGCGAUGGGAGUCGCUCAGGAAGCUCUGGAGACCUGCGCUCGCCCAACCCUUUUAGUGGCAACUCACAAGUGCACACUAACCCUUUCAGCUCCAACUACAAAACAAGUGACAAAAAGGCAGUUGGAAAUGAAGUCAUCACCCAAGGCCAAAGGAGCAGCACCAUCGACAGCAUGACAAAUGAAGCAAAACAAGGAGGCAUGGCUGCCUAUGGAAACCUGUCCUUCGAGGAAGUGGUGCAGGAACUUGUCAAGCAUAAAGAAUUGGUGAAAAGGAAAGACGCCCACAUCAGGGAGCUGGAAGACUACAUAGAUAACCUGCUGGUACGUGUCAUGGAGGAGACGCCAAGCAUACUGCGAACACCCUAUGAGCCCAAGAAAAAGGCAGGUAAACUUGUUCAAAAGUAGAUGGGACAGAGACGGAGACUCUGGUGCUUGGUUGGGCGGGGGGUCGUUUGAAGAAGGUACAUAUGCUCUUAAGUACAAUAUUAAUGAUCAUGUUCGUGCUAGUUUUAAUGGACAUUUUUAAUGGACAUUCAGUCUUUUCUUCAAGUUGAAUUCACAUAUUCCUGAUGAUAAAAUGUUAAGCUAGCAUACUGCACAUAUGAGGUAUGUAUUUCAUUUGACGCAUAUACACGGGGCUCCGGUGACGUGUGAGCUUCUUUCCUUUGGAGGUAUUUGAAAUGUUAAUACAGGUUGCUAAUUAUCAAAUUAACAAGAGAAAGCAGCUGGGAUAGGCUCCAGCACCCCCGCCACCCUCCUGAGGAUAAGCGGUAGAAAAUGAAUGAAUGAAUGAAUGAAUAAUUCACUUUGGUUUAAAAUGUCUUCAAAUAUUUCUUAGUCCCAUUUUUGUUUUUUUUUUAAAUCUGAAAACCUUUUUUAUCUGAAUAUGAAGUACAUGCACUCGAGCUCUAAUACACGAUCUUGGUUAUAUAAUCCUUCAAUCAUAGUCAUGCAUUCCUUCGUUCAGCACAGCAUAAAAUAUUGAAUACUUGAAUUGCUGCUCUCUAUCAAAAAAAGUUCGCUUUUCAUCUCAAAGGAAGGACAGCGCUGACGGGCGCCUUCCAGCUCACGUACGCCCCCAGCUGGAAGGAUGCAUGGAGUACUGCGAGCACUAUGACAUUUUUAUGUAUUUUAUUGUCCAAUUAGCACGAAUGUCACAAUUGCAUUAAAGACAUCUCACCGACCGUAGAAAAUCCUAGUGUUUCUGCAACAUGACUGGCAAAAUGCUAACAGAGCCAAGUCCGUUAGUACGGCAGCAGCCCCAUCGUACGUGUCUGCCUUGUGUGCAAAUUCACUGACUUUAUUGAAGAAACUGUUUCAAACAGCAUGUCACACAAUUGCUAACUUCAAGCUGUCCUUCUGGAACCUUGGCCAGACGCUCAUCAGGUGCGAAAGAAGCCAGUCUUAGUCUUAGAUGCUGCAGAAGCCGGUCUACGUUGUUUAUUAAAGGCCAUGGAGAUAAAUGAACCCGUAACACUCACGUUUACGCUAAGCACACUUUCCAAAUGAGCAACAUUUAGUCCUCAGCUGCUUACUUGUCUUGGGUCUUGGGUCUUGGGUCUUGGGUCUUGGGUCUUGGGUCUUGGGUCUUUGUCGCUUAUCCUUUUUUUGAUGGGAAAUGAUUUUUACUAACACGCUUGUAUUAUAGCGGUCAAGUUGUUUUCCAUUGAAACACUUCUUUGAGUUUGACGGAUAUGUUACAUUUGUAUCAGCUUUCAUGUGACCUGCACACGGGACUUGGUGCUGACACAGUAUUAUGUACGUUCCAUGUAUUGCUAAGCUACUGUAUCACAUACCCUGACACUGCUGUUCCUUUACAAUAUGGAUCCCAUUUUGUUGCACUGCUUUUCAGUGACUGUACCACAGGAUGGAACUGCACUUUUCUUUGUGUCUCAUUAGACGAGCCCAAAGCCAAUCAGCAUGGCUCAUAGUAUGAAGUCAUUAGACGUGUGGCAUAUCCCAUUUUGAUUGACGUGAGGUGCAAAGGCAUCACACUGCUGGUACCUGAUAUUACCAAAAUGGUGACUUGACCGGCUCGUGCGCAGAUCUUUAUGUUUACGCUUCACAGCGGCAUACUGUACAGUAUUUAUGUAGUACUGUAGCCCGGUUUGGUUGUCAUGUGACAUGUGACUAACCCCAAAGUUACAUCAUGAAAAGGUUGAAUGCCAUCUCCUGUUCAUGAUGGUAUCAUCAUUCUUUAUGAUACCAAAUGACCAGAGAGAUGAAGCUUUCAUUUUUAGACUCUAUUGUUUCACGUGUGAAGGUACAUCAAAUCUUCCUGGCCUUUCCGUUUCCAAAGAAAGGAUUUCAUUUCGAUGAUGCAUACAUCCAAAUUGUGUAAUUAGCGCAUUACAUGUUGCAUGAAUACUUGAUGAAAUAUGGAGAUAAAAUCCAGAUGUUCAUUCUGGAAUUUCCACACUGAUUGCCUUCUCACGUGCUCCACUGGGACGUAACCAACUGCCAUCGCAGGUUCAAGGAACUUACUCAGCAAAAUAAGAGUCUCUCCUUUUUGUUGUUGUGCUUUCAAAUAUUAGAAAAUGCUUUCAGUGGGAAUUUCCACGAAAUAUCAGCGUCCCUCCUGAUCUCCCCUCCCCUCGCCUUGCCCGCCCGGAGGAGGAAACAUCGCCAGAUUGCUCCGUCAGAGGUUGCUACUGGGGUGGUGGCUUGAACUCCAAAAUGCUGACGUCUCGGUAUGAUGAUCAUUUAUCGAUACUUGGGAUACGUGAAUGGGGUGGAGAGUGUGGAAUAAUGGCCGCACCAUCUUUGGUCACCAUGUUGUCAAUCCUCCAACGGGUGGGUCGCCUUCUUGCCAGCCGGACCCUCUGCUGUGUUUGGCGGCCAGCAUUCCGUGCUGGACCCCACUCACGUACUCUGGUAUCAAUCAAUUGGUACAGUAAAGUAUCGCCAUUUUGGGCUUAGCCACCAGUCCAAUACCAUCCCUGACAAUCAUCAUACUUGGGAUUUUCCGUUGUUGUGAAUGGCCAAAGAUAGUCUUACAAUACAGAAAUCAGAAUUCUAUCACUGUGAUAGACAACAUGAUGGAAUUUAUGCUGAUUCCCGCCCGGUGCCUUCAGGGGCAUGUAUUUACUCCCAUGAUGAAAUAUUAAAGAUGAGAUGCAUUUGACACAUUUUCAGCCUCGGGCCAUUUCAUUCCCAUGAAUGGGAUUUCCUGGAAUGAAAUAGACGCGCGUGGCCUUUUUUUACCUUUGGCUCUUUGGUGGACGUCAGACAGCAGCACGUCAAUCAAAAAUGAAAAGCAUUUUCAAUUCAUUUGUCAAGCACAACACAGAAAGGGGCGUGGCUAUCCUUAUUAUGUACUUCUUUGCUGCAUCUUUGCAUGAUGUGUUUCAGGCAGUUCAUGCUGCUGUUUGAAUAUGCAAAGCCUAAAUAUGCUUGAAGGUAAUAUUCCUAUUAAAACUGCUUUGCUUGCUGUGUGGACUUGAUUUGGGUGGGCCAAUGUCUCCCACCAUAAAAAUGGAAAAUGGUGGAUUUGUGUUUUCUGACUUUGGACCGAGGUGAGGUCACGCUAGUGAUGAUUCCCCUUCCUCCUCUUGCAGUAUUCUUGCAGUAUUCUUGCAGUAUUCUUGCACUGCGUGUCUUAACCAUGUUUAUCAUCAACAUCACUUCCACACUAAGUUAAGUUCCUGAAAUGAUGCUGAUGUUGGAAGGCUACUUAUGAAUGUAUUCAGGCUCUCCUAUUGAAUUCAUUCACAUGCCAAAUUAUUGAAUCAGUGUGCUUUUUAUGAUCACGUCUGCAUGUUAACAUUUGAUACAAUUAGCAGGCACAUUUCUCAUUCCUUUUCUACAGUAGGUACGACUAAGUGUACCUUCCUGAAAAGUCGGAGGUAUAUAUAUGACAUUAUAUUACAUUAAUAUUUGCCUUCAAUGGCAAGCUGGAGGUUUUUAAACCAGGAUGUUUGGGGAUAAGGUUGUGUUGACUGUUUUUGUGGGGAUUUGGGAAGACAUUUGUGUUGAAGCUUUAAACAAAGGUGCCAAUCAAAGAAUGCUUACAUGUACCCAGUGAUUAUACAAAUCAUUUUAGGCCGGACUCCCUCUGAUUGGAUCCCGAGGUUCAUUUGAAUGCACUUUUAAAAGGCGCACACAAGAUUGUAUUGUCCUUUUCAAUAAACUCACUGUAAAAGCUGGCGACUCACUGCUCUUCUUUUGGUUUUAACAACUCGGAUCAUUAAUAGUAGAGCUGCAACAAUAAAUCACUGAUCAUUGAUUAUACAGUUCAUCGACAGCUAUUAUUUUUUUCUAAUUUAAAAAGUAAGUAAGUACAUGAGUGUAGUGUGAAUAUUUGAUUCAUUUACUUAGUCAUCCAUGAAAGCCGACCAAUUUUCUUUGCGUUUUAGACAAAAACAAGAUAUCACACACAUCAGCUUUGACUUCGGAGAACAGUUUUUCCAUGUGAUAUACAUAUACAGUUGGUCCGGUAGGGCAGGCCUGGGCCGUCAAAAAUUAUUUGG